UUACCCGGAGCUGCUCUUGUGCGGAGAACAACGGAAAAAGCCCAUUCACACAGAAGACCCAUUUAAUGAUGAGCAUCAGGAGAGGCAAGAAGUGGAAAUGUUGGCUAAGAAGUUUGAAAUGAAAUAUGGUGGGAAACCACGUAAACACCGGAAGGAUCGGCUACAAGAUUUAAUUGAUAUAGGCUUUGGCUAUGAUGAGACAGAUCCAUUUAUUGAUAACUCAGAGGCUUAUGAUGAAUUAGUUCCCGCUUCUCUAACAACAAAAUAUGGAGGCUUUUAUAUCAACACUGGCACCCUACAGUUUCGCCAAGCUUCAGAUACUGAAGAAGAAGAUACUGCAGACAACCAGAAGCACAAACCACCCAAAAUUCCCAAAAUAAAAGAGGAUGAUAUUGAGAUAAAGAAGCGGAAGCGGAAAGAGGAAGGGGAAAAGGAGAAGAAGCCAAGGAAAAAAGUACCUAAACAACUGGGAGUUGUGGCUCUAAAUUCACACAAGUCUGAAAAAAAGAAGAAACGUUAUAAAGAUUCUCUUUCUCUAGCUGCCAUGCUACGAAAAUUUCAGAAAGAGAAGGAUGCAUUAGAGAAGGAGUCUAACCCCAAAGUCCCAGUGAACUUAAUGACCCCCUCUCUGAGUAAAGCCCCUUCUGCUGCUGUGGCAUUGGGAAAUGAUGUCUCGGACUUAACCAUGAACAAUGCUGACCCGGACCUCCCCAUCUUCGUUAGCACAAAUGAACACGAACUGUUUCAAGAAGCUGAAAGUGCCCUAAAGAUACUAGAUGAUAUUGACUUUGACAGAUUACUGGAUGCUACUUCUGAUGGUAGCCCUCUCUCUGAGUCAGGGGGAGAAAAUGGAAACACCACCCAACCAACCUAUGCCUCUCAGGUUAUGCCCAAGGUGGUACCUACACUCCCAGAGGGUUUACCUGUCCUUCUUGAAAAACGUAUUGAAGACCUCCGUCUAGCUGCCAAACAUUUUGAUGAAGAAGGAAGGAAAAAAUUCUUUACACAGGAUAUGAAUAAUAUUCUUCUGGACAUUGAGUUACAGCUACAGGAAUUAGGCCCUGUCAUUCGUAGUGGUGUCUACUCACAUCUUGAAGCUUUUGUGCCAUGCAAUAAAGAAACACUGGUAAAACGUCUGAAGAAGUUACAUCUCAACGUCCAGGAUGACCGUUUAAGAGAACCUCUGCAAAAACUGAAACUGGCUGUUAGCAAUGUCAUGCCUGAACAGCUAUUUAAAUACCAGGAGGACUGCCAGGCGCGUAGUCAAGCUAAGUGUGCCAAGUUGCAAACUGAUGAAGAACGAGAAAAAAAUGGAUCCGAGGAAGAUGAUGAUGAGAAACCAGGGAAACGUGUCAUAGGACCAAGAAAGAAAUUCCACUGGGAUGACACCAUUAGAACUUUGUUAUGUAACCUUGUUGAGAUCAAAUUGGGAUGCUAUGAGUUAGAGCCAAAUAAAAGCCAGUCUGCUGAGGAUUAUCUUAAAUCCUUUAUGGAGACAGAGGUGAAACCAUUGUGGCCUAAGGGCUGGAUGCAGGCAAGAAUGCUUUUUAAGGAAAGCCGGAGUGUACAUAAUCAUCUUACUUCUGCCCCGGCAAAGAAAAAGGUCAUUCCUGCACCUAAACCCAAAGUAAAGGAGUGUAGUCCAAAAAAGGACCAGAAAACUCCUGCAUCCUUGGUGGCUUCAGUUGGUGGUCCUUCAACAAAUUCUAGCACAUCUGCCGUGGCCUCCACCAGCUCUAGCUCUACUCCAGCCCAGGAGACCAUCUGCCUUGAUGAUUCACUAGAUGAAGACCUUUCUUUCCACCCACCUGCACUGGAUCUUGUUUCUGAAGCUUUAGCUGUUAUCAACAAUGGGAGCAAGGGCCCUCUAGCUGGCUCAAGGAUAAGCAUGCCAACUGCAAAACCUCGCCCAGGACUGAGAGAAGAAAAAUUAGCAAGUAUCAUGAGUAAGCUGCCACUGGCUACUCCCAAAAAACUAGAUUCUACUCAGACUGCACAUUCAUCAAGUCUUAUUGCUGGUCACACAGGGCCAGUACCAAAGAAACCCCAGGAUUUAGCUCAUACUGGCAUCUCUUCAGGCCUUAUUGCUGGCUCUUCAAUUCAGAACCCUAAAGUUUCCUUAGAACCUUUGCCUGCAAGGCUACUUCAACAAGGACUGCAGAGGUCAAGCCAGAUUCAUGCUUCUUCCUCCCAGACCCAUGUCUCCUCUUCCCAAGCCCAGGUUACUGCCUCCUCUCAUGCUCUGGGGACAUCAGAAACCCAGGACGCUUCUCCGUUAACACAAGUGACAAAGGUGCACCAGCAUUCAGCUGUCCAACAGAAUUAUGUGUCUCCAUUGCAGGCAACCAUUAGUAAAUCACAGACCAACCCAGUGGUGAAAUUAAGUAAUAAUCCCCAGCUUUCCUGUUCAUCCCCACUUGUUAAGACUUCAGAUAAGUCACUUAUGUACCGCCUUCCCUUACCUACUUCCUCACCUGGAAAUGGUUCUCAAGGGUCCCACUCCCUGGUUUCUAGGACAGUUCCUAGCACCACUACCUCCAAUAACUAUUUAGCCAAGGCUAUGGUGUCACAAAUCUCCACGCAGGGUUUCAAAUCUCCCUUCUCAAUGGCUGCAUCCCCCAAACUUGCCGCAUCUCCAAAACCUGCCACAUCCCCUAAACCCUUGCCCUCACCUAAGCCUUCUGCCUCACCCAAGCCCUCUCUGUCAGCUAAGCCUUCAGUAUCAACUAAACUUAUUUCUAAAUCCAACCCGACUCCCAAGCCUUCGGUUUCCUCGAGUUCUUCCAGUGCAAGUGCACUCGUAGCCCAGAGUAGCCACUCCAGCAGUAACAACCCAGUCCAUAAACAGCCCAGUGGAAUAAACAUCAGCAGGCAGUCUCCCACCUUGAAUUUAUUGCCCUCUAAUCGCACUUCAGGCCUUCCGUCUACAAAAAACCUUCAGGCCUCAUCAAAGCUACCAAACUCGUCAUCCACUGGAACUAUUGGGAAGAGCAGCUCGAGUGGAAUCGCGAUGAAUGUACCUGCCAGCAGAGGUGGCAACCUCAACUCAAGUGGAGCCAGUAGGACUAGUCUAUCUGGGGGAACAGGAAGUGGAACACAGGGUGCUACUAAACCGUUGUCUACUCCACAUAGACCUUCCUCUGCCUCAGGGUCUUCAGUGGUAACAGCCAGUGUGCAGUCCACAGCAGGAGCGUCAUUAUUGGCUAAUGCCUCACCUCUGACUCUCAUGACAUCACCUUUGUCUGUAACAAAUCAAAAUGUGACUCCUUUUGGGAUGCUGGGUGGCCUUGUUCCAGUGACCAUGCCCUUCCAGUUUCCCUUGGAGCUACUUGGCUUUGGAACGGACACAGCUGGAGUGACAACCACCUCGGGAUCUACCUCAGCCACUUUCCACCAUAGCCUAACUCAGAAUUUACUAAAGGGUUUACAGCCAGGAGCUCAGCAUGCAGCAACACUUUCCCACUCACCUCUGCCUGCACACUUACAGCAAGCGUAUAAUGAUGGAGGCCAAAGUAAAGGGGACACUAAAUUACCACGGAAACCUCAGUGACUUCCCAACAAGCAAAGGAGAUGAGACACUCAGCUGGCUGAUGGAAUCUACCUGAUGGGAAAGUACUCAUGUGGUCAUAGGGCUGCUGUUCUGUCGAUGUUUACAUUCUCUCGUCCCAAGCACUGUGGUGAGGAGGAAAAGGAAAGAAAACAUUACUUGAGUUCAAGCCAGGUGCAGGAGGAAGAAACGCUUUCUUGCAAAGUUAGUGACCUUUGGUCCCUCCUAGAGAAAGACAGUUACCAUGUUAACUGACUUGAAAGAGACUCAGUUGUCAAACCCACAGAAGUGCAAAUUUGGUGUGUCUGUCCCCCCUGGGGAGGAAGAAGGAAAUUGAGGAUUUGGGUAAACAUCAUCCAUCCUGGGGGUCGGAGCUGAACACUUGUAGACAUAAUUGCAUAAUAAAAGGCAGUUUAUCUGCAUUUAGGCCAGUUUGUCAGGAGUCAGGAUCACGUCUGUUUAAGUGGACUGGAGCAAGUUUGCCACACACAAAAAUUAACGACUCUAUGUCAGAUACAGACCGUAGAAAAUACUAUACCCUCAAAAAUCCUGAACAAACUUGAAUCUUCCCCAGUGUGUAGCAACUCCCCAUGUCAAUCAGUGGACUAAAGAUGCUUUAGGAAAGUUAUUUUAGCACAGUGAUGUGUAUUAUUAAAUCAUUGAGAUUUUUAAAAGUUAAGAAAUUGAGCCCGUUGCUCUUAACAGAUGAAACCUAGAUGUCCCCUUUUUGUAAAAGGGUCAAUUUCAUCUUCCAUUCAGAAGCAGGUACUUAAAUUAACUCUCUUCUUCAGGUGUUUGUGCAUCUGGUGUUAACUGGUUAACUUUUAUUUCCAUUCUUGAUGUUAAAAUGUGACUGUUCACAUUUUUCUCUUGAGAUAUGGGGAUCUUUGAUGUAGGGCCGUGGCUUUGGUGCUCUUAGCCUUUGCAGGUCUACACUAUGAACUAAAUUUUCCCCAACUCCACCUCAGUUCACAACUUCUGUUCUGGUAGCUAGUGGUACUUCAGGUGACUAUUAAAUAUUGAUAUAAACAGGUAUAAUAAGUGUGUACUACAUAUGCUUCUGUAUUGAUCAUUCAAAUACCAUAUCUAUAUAUAUUUUUGGAAUUUUCAAGAUAGUAUUUUAAAGGGAGAAAUUACACUAGAAUCAUGAUGUGUACAAGGGAUUAUUUUUUAUAAAAACCACAGUGUAUUUUUACUCCCUAUAUCCAGUGUAGUGAAAUUGAUUUGGAGAAUUUCCUAAUACUUACUCAGAAUAUUGGUAUGUGAGUAGACCUGCAGAUAGUAAGACUCCUUAGUUAUUGUGGCUUCCUUAUGCAAAUAACAUUCUACAAAGGAUAUUAAGGGAGAGAUUUAUGGUUUUGUUUGGAUCCUUUUUUAAAAUUUAUUUUUUUAACACCCCAUCAGUCUAGUCUUUCUUUUUUUCACUUCCUAUUUAGGCUUCUAAAUAUUUUCAAACUAUACCCAGGAAUGUUGUAAGCUCGGUCCAUUUAUAAUGACAGACUGACCUAAAAAACAGCAUCAGAUUGAUAGACGCAAGAUUUCUUGCGUUUGUUUUCAUUACAGAUCACCUGAUACUGUUAAGUUGAUUCAAAUAGGAAUAUUAACCAGGCUCUUUUUCCUUUUAUAAGAAAAAGUCCCAAAUAACCUGUAGGACUGUGAAUAAAUUACCACACAUCUGUUCAGGUCUGCAGACCUAUAUUUUGACUUCAAAGUCUCAUUGGCCUGCUUCACAGCAAAAAGUUAAUAAAUAGCUGGAAACUCUAGUUCCAGGAACUUGUUACAGUAAAGGCAAAGGAUUAUUUCAAAGGAAUUACUUGAGUCUAAGAAUUUAGAUGAGCAGUAAAAUAAGAAAAUUGCAUCUACCCCGGUAGACAUUUUGGGAGGAUACUGGGAUGUUGCAGAGAGGUUUGAUUUGAAUGGAGUACGUUUGAUUUAAAGUUUGUUUGGUUUUUAAUUAGGCAAGCUUACCCAAUUCCUGAGCUAUUCUAACGUAGCACACCUCUUGCUUUUAUCUAAUUUGGGGAAAAGUCUUUGCUAGUGCUGUGUAGGAGUUUUCCUUUGGGAAGCUAGCCUUUGUUUUGCUUCCCAUACCAGAAGGGAAGUCAGUGCAUGAUAACCUCUUCCUGCUGAUAACUGCACGUGUUCAUUUGUGUGUGUGAGUGUGUGUUCCUGUAACUGUAUUUAUUCAUAUAUAACUUAAUUACUAGUUUAAGUCAAGGAAUAGUAAUUUUAAUUUCUUAAUAAAUCCAUCAGUUCUGAAUCAUGCCAUAUGAAGAUCCCUAAUGAGUCUGCUGUCAUUAGAGAAGAACAGGAUUAUCAAUUCUUCCCCUGGUACCACUUUAUAACUCACCGUUAAGAAUAGUCUGGAGGCCCUUGGCUCUGAGAAGUUCAUAUAUGUGGAGAUUCUGUUCUGUCCUAUUCCAUCUUCAUACCCGUGGGAACUGCUGCCAGAUCCCACCUCACCCCGCCCCCCCCCACCGCAUUUGCAUAGUGCAAAUGAAACCAAAAAAAUCCUAUUUCCUAAUAGAUAAGUAUGAUCAGCGAAUAUAAAUACAAAACUAUUUCUUUUCUAGAUCAUAACAUUGAAAAUGAUGUCCAUACUUUAUGAUCACCUGUCUUUACAGUUUUUCUUACUUAAAAACAAACAUAAAUGGGUAGUUUUUCUUAGCACAGUGACUUGUGACUUAUAUUGUGUUUUUGCUUUUGUUUUUUUUUUUGUCAUUUUUUUAAUGGUGAGUAAUUGAAAAUGAUAUAGAGCAAAAGGGUGUAGAGCCGUGUUCAUUUCUGAAGAGCAUUAACAACAUCCCAGUGCAAAAGUAAUCAGCACAUGUAAUGAUGUCCCACUCAGCGGGAUUCUUGAUUCAGGAAAAUUAAGCUGUUUGUUUUCAGAUGUCUUGUAUCUUAAAUUGCCUUCACUGCUGUAUGAGCUGUUACUGUACACACAAGUUAAUCCUCAGUAUUCACAAGCAAUAAUGGUCGGCACAGUUGUCUUCAGAGACAGCAGUGCUGAGCCCCCGCUGGAGACUGUUUGGGAGCAAAGUGUCAAGCUCAUUCAGAGCCUCCAAAGUCAAUGCAAGCAAUAAUUCCAUUACAAGUGGAUUACAAUUCCUUCUCCUGUGCUCCUGAGAUCGGAGAGUAAAAGAAAUCAUGGUUCUAAAACAGCCUGAAGAAAAAGGUUUUGGUAAAAGAAGUGAGGUUAAUCCGAAGUCCCAAAGUCCUGAUGUUGUAUUAGUACAUUCUUUUAUGCCUACCACCCCUUUGAUGGAUGUUGUUAACCCAAAUAACAUUUUAUAUCAUAGAAGUUGAAUAGGGUUUAUCGUAUCACCAAGGUAGGAGGAAGAACCGGGCAUGUACAUGUUUGAAUACUGUGGGUUUGACACCUGUUUGAAAACAAUUUAUUGAAAAAGAUUUUUAACCCAGAAUUUUUUCCCCCCAAAGCAAAUCUAAAUUGUUUACUACCCAGGGUUGGAAAGGGCAGACACCUCUAGUCUUUCUCCUCUGCUUGCCCUCUGCCACACCCCUUUCCACCUCUACCUGGUUCAAGACAAUUUCUGAAAUGGAAAUUCUACUGUUUUUCAAACUGCCAUUGAUUAUAUCAGAAACUCUGUGUCCCUUGGGAUCAUCUCUUAGAACUCCAGUUACCUAUCAUAUUUGCUGCUACAUUUGUAAAAUGAACUUUGCCUGUAUCGGUCGACAUUAACCUAAUUUACAGUGCUUUAUUUCUAGACGGUCUUGUCCCAUGUAUAGAAUUAGGAUACUUUACUUUAGGAGUGUACCGUAAAAGCACACUGGUCCCUCUGUUCUCUGUAUCUUCAUUUAGAUCUUGAAUUUGAGUUUGCUUGUUUCGUUGGUAGUAUUUGUUUUGUUUUAAGUUAGAAAUAGAAGAGUGAGGGAACCUGUCAUCAGGCCAAACCCCAGAGCCUCCCUGUACUUCAGCACCAGUUUCUGCUGACCUUCGUUCUCAGAUGGGGCGCUUUUACUUUUACUUGCUGUUGUGUAUGUAUGAUUGGGUUUGUUCUGUUUUGUGUUUGCUUUUGAGGGCUUUUGUUUUUUAAUAAGGAAGCAGAAGAAAAAUGCAGUAGUAGGUUACAAACAUGUUAUGCAAUUUUAUUUUAUAAAAUCUAAGGGGAAAAGUUUAACUCUGUAAAUCAUUUCUUAGCUCUGGUAAAAUGCUUACAUUGCUCCUCUAAAACAUGCUCAGUUCAGGCCUUUAUCUUUUUUAAGUGCCUUUUCUUUCUUUUCCCCCUCGUUUGAAACUGUUCUCAGAUACCCUGAAGUACAGGCUAAUAAGUCAGGGGAUUCAGGAGGAAGAACCUCAAACUUGCCAAGGUCAUAUCAUGCUGUAAUAUUCUUCCUUUUCUUUAUAGGUAUAUGGAUAUAUGUGUAAGACACACACAUGCAUAUAUAUGGAGAUAUAUAUGUAUACAUAUGUAAUAUAUAUAUAAAACUAGUAGCUGCUGUACCAUUGCGUCCUUUCUGAACGCUCCCCUGCCAGUGUUUGCAAGACUUCUGCCUUGUUUAUUCCACUGCUUUUAGUCAGUCCGAAUGGGUGGGCUGGGAAAUUGUCUUUCGCCCUUAGAAUAUCUGUUUGUAGAUGUUAACAAAAAAUAUAUAUAUAAUAUAUAAGUCAGUUGUUACAAGCAAAAUUAACUUAGCAGACUCAUAGACUAUUCCUGGGUUUAACCCACAGCUCUGUGCCCUUCGGACUUGCAUGAGUAAUACUGGAGAAAGCACUGGAAUAAGUAGUCUUCUGUGGGGCAGGUCAAUGAGGUUCAGCAUGGCAGGUAAACAGAUAUGGCGGAGCUAGAGUUAGAGUUGUGGCAUUGUAUCUGAAUGCGUUUGCAAGGAAGUUAGCAGCUUGUCAACAUUGAAAAUGUAUCACAUUUUCUUUGGGGAAAUGAUUUUUGGAGAAUUCAUAUAGCUGCAUUGCGUAUCUGUCAAAGGUUAAUAAAUUUAGAAGUAGAAAGACUUCAGAUACUGGGGAAAACACUCAUAUAACCUAUAGCAUUAUUGAGAGAUCUUCAGUUUUCAUUUGCCAGAUACUACAUUUGGCUUACUCUGCUUUUAUGGUUAUUUAGAUUCUUCUCUUGAGCAAAAUAACAUCAUUUUGGGUAUCUAAGAUUCAUCCAUUUUUUGUUAAAAACAGAUGUGACAUGUUAAGGGAGACUAAGUUGAAACAAUCCUCGAAACCCAGUACAAAUACCUAGUAAGUGCCCCUUUUAAGUACAUUUUAAUUGGGAAGAGGAAACUGGUGGCUAAAAGGAGAAAGCAGGGGCUGUUGGUAGUGUCGCCUGACGGCAGCAUGUUAUUAGGCAUCCGCCGUUCAGUCGUGUUACUCUUGGAUUACUGCGUUAGGGGGAAUAUCAUUUACCUUCGUGCCUCAGAUUACCCAUUAGAAUAUUGGGUAUAAUAAUAUUCACCUACCUCCCAGGGAAAUCAGAGACUUUACUAUUUCAAAAAUACUUCGAGUUUUUCUACAAUGUCCUAUAUAAUUAAAAAGUAUUAUCGUCCUGCAGAGGCUAAAGAAUGGGUAUAAGAAGCACCGUAUGAUUUUUAAGUUUAAAAACAAAUCACUGGAAUUCUAAAUGAGAUACUUAUUUGUUAUUUAAGCAUAUUAUAUUUGUGGCGGGGUGAAAUGGUUACUUUCAGAUUAAUAAGUGGGAGGGGGGAAGUAACACUACGUUUGUUAAUCAUACGUAGGGUUUUUUUGCCUUUUAUGGUGUUAUUUAUUACAGGUGUAAUUUUUACCACGGUUGCAGAGCUGAAGCUAGGUAAAGUUUGGAUGGUUGGUCAUUGGAGUUGAUUAAUGAUUCUGAAAGUUUUAUCUGCCUCAGUUUUCCAUCGUCUCUAUCUAAUUUCCUUGUAUUGGUUGCUUGGUGAUGGAGAGCUCAGCUUUUACUGUCUAAGAAAGAAUGGGCGCCGCCUCAUUCUUGUGAGCUGGAGAUUGUGUACUAUUCCUUUAACUGCAGGGGCAGGCACUACACACAGUCAGCAGGGUGCACUUCUGGCCAGUCUACCUUUGUAAUUUAUGCCUCUUUCAACCCAUGAAAGAGUUGGAACCAUCAACUGUUCGGGUUGUAGGAGAUGGGGGGGGGCAGGGUUCACUUCCUAGCAGGGGUGGGGACUGGGGGUAGAAGGCAGCUUCAUUUGCCCAACUCCGAGGAGCAAAAGGAAGAUCAUUUUAUCCCACUUUCCAUCCCAGCAUAUUAGGGAGUAAUACAUAGAAUUUUCAUUUUAUCAUUUAAAACCACAGGGAAAAAGGGAUGCUGCAUUUCUAGGUAGGGCUGAGUGCUGAGCAACCCUUGUUAGGGGCUGAGUACAGACUGAAACUGUAGCACGUGUUCAGGAUCCGGAAAGAACGGGGGUGGGGGGGGUGUCGAAGACGUGAGGAACAGAUGAUCCAGCUGAAGUGCAUCAGGAGAGAGCAGCGGGCCAAGCAGACAAGGCACUGGCUGAUCCCCAAAUUGGCCAAGGCUCAUUUAAUCUCUAGUGAUAGGACAUUUUUUCUUACAAAUCACUUUUUGAUUUUUUUAUUACUUUUUCCAGAUAAGGCCUUAGUUAGUAGUCUCUAAGUAUCAACUAUGCAGAUAAAUAUACUCCUUAUUUUCCACAUUUUUAAAUUUUCCAUUCUUUAACAUUUUAAGACUUCUACCCAAAGAAAUAAGGCAUAAGGGUUUUGUUGAAUGUGUGUCUGUUCCUCUAGGGAAAAUUAACAAGCAUAAAAUAGAGAUAUUUUAUGUGUUCUUCUAUCCUAAAAUGUGAACCUUAUAUUCGAAAAUUAAGUACAGAUCCUUUAAUUGGUGCAAAACUGUAGUUAGAAUCCUGGAGCAUCAUUGGGGUUGUUAAGAUAAAUCAUCCCAGUGCUCGAUUCUGAGAACGUUUUAGAUUUUGUGGCACAGCGUUCAGGUUCAUAGAGCUGAACAGAUUGUCCGAGUCUAAUUAAAAGUAACUUUGAAUAGUAAUGUUGAAUUCUUUAGUCUUCAUUCUUCUUUCCUUCAGUUUGAGCUCUUAAGUUAACCGUUUUCUCAGCCAGUAGCAACACUGGACUGUUAGUUGUGUAUUACUGAGAGUCUGAGAGGAAGGGUUACGGGACUGUCUCCCCUGUCCCCCCCACUCAGCCAUCUGCCCUGUGUCCCACUGAAUUCAGGCUCCAGGCAUGUUCCAGGCGACUGUCUGCAUCCCAGCGUAGACUCAGAGAGGGACUCCAGGGUUUUAAUCAGGCUGCCUUUCAGUAACUCGACAUCAAAUUCCUUUUUCUUAGGUACUCCCAAAGUACCAUUUGCUUGGAAGUAGAUACUUAAGAUCUGUAAUUUCUUCAUACCAUAAUACCUUUACUUCUCAAUCUUUCUUACAUAUUUUCAGUUAAUAGCGGGUUAAUACUUAAGUUUCUGACACCUUUCCAAACUGUUAACCAACCAAACAGGUCAAGAAUACUUCAGAUAUUUCAGUAGUAUAAUUAAUGGGGUUUGUAUUUCCAGCAUUUAGAAUCUUCACUGGUGACCAGAAUUUUUUUCUCUCUUCUCCUUUGUAUUAAAAAAUAAAUUUCUCUACAUUUCAUGGCUUCCUCUUGAUGCUUUCGAGCUUGUUCAGAAGAGGCCCAGGCCUUUGUUAGGGGCUCUUAUUUCUCACAAUUCUCUGCCUUGCUUUUUUCAUACUUCCCUGGAAAACCUGCUUUGCAAAGCUUUAAGUCAAACAGGCCAUAUGAAUCCUAGUACCGAUUUUAUGUUUCUCAGAAAACUCUCUGUACAUUAUUUGCUCCCACUUGGAUAAUAAUAAUAUAAUUCUAUUUUAUCUUAAAUCUGGUUUUAAAAUAUUUUAUAAUGGAGCACUAAAGAAAACCUAAAUAAAUUCCAACAAGUUGACUAUUACCCAAGAUAACUUGGAAAUACUUCUGUUUUUGAAUUCAGCAGCUCCAUCCAGCCUCUAAGCACAUUUGGAGUUAGCAGUAACCAAGACCGGCCAGUUGGCAUGCUUGUCCAUGUGACGACCUGCCCUGAAUUUGUCAGACCUCAGCUACCUUGUAUUUUCUGACCUUGCAGCCAUAACCUUUCCCCAUUUUUUGCUUAUCUCUGCUGCUUGUAAGGGUAGAGUGCUCUGUGCCAGCACACGAGGUUUUCUUUCCCAUACCCGCAAAAUUACCAAGGAUCACCCCAGUUUGGGCUAGAGGCAUUAAAAGAGAAAGACGCUCUUCUCGGCUAACAAAGGUAUUACUGUUUUAUAUAGUGAGUCGGAAAGUUGGGCAACUGCAGCCAACUUUUAAAGUCUGGCUCUGCCUACAUAAUUAAUUACACAUACCUUCUGAGACCUUCAGCUAACAAGGGGCCUUUCCAGCAGUAGGUGGGUGCAUGGCCAGCCUCCAGAGAAAGGAUCCAGGCUUGGCUCUGCCCCUUGUUGGCUGUCACUGAAAAAUUAUAUUAUAGAAAGUAUCAAAAAUACAAACUGUUCUUAAGGAGAGUAGGCAAAUCUGAGGCUUGCCAUUGUGUUUUGUUUGCUAAACAUUGUCAAGCUAAAAAGAAGAGGAAAAGAAAUCUCUGGCUUGCAAAAAAUGUCCCCAAAUGUGUUAAUCAGUCUACCAAGGUAACUAAGUGAUGAGUGUUUUCUCCCUUUUUUACAAGCAAGAUCGUUUAUUUGCAGUUGUAAAGAUUAUUGUGGGACUGCAAACCUAUUUGCUAUCACUGAUUGGAAAUAAGGAUUCUGAUUUUUAGUCUGGCUAAGCACAUAUCUCCAACUUUUACGGGAUACAUUUUGAUGAGGGAAAGACUUUUGUUUGGUAACAGAAGGAAAAACAGGACUUACUGAUACAGUGAACGUUCGCUCUGUAGAGGAGCCUCCCUCCCGUUGCACGCCCUCCUCUUACCGCAGCCGCCGCCACGCUUGUUCAGAUGCCAGCAGGCUUCACGGCCGGUCUGAAGGAAGGAGCCUGAACCAGGACUGCUGCUCUGGGUGAAAGGCACUGGUUACUGUGUUGCGUUUACUUAUAGGGAGGUGCGUUUGUGCUAACUUGAAGGGAUAUACUGUAUUCUAAGUGUGUGACUUAAUAUUUUGGGAUUAUUUUUCUUCCUUUAAAACUGGACCUGAACACAGCUUUGAGUUGAUAUUUGUAAUAAUCUCAGGACCUGAAAGAUUGUAGCAUUUAGUGUGUCUUAAAAAAUUAUGUACUGUACCAGCCAUGGAUUUUUGUAAAUAUAUGUCUCCCUUUUUUGUAUUAUUUUAGUAAAAAAAUAAUAAAUUUAAAUAAAAGGGGGUGGUGGUGAUGUGAGUGGGUGUGGGUAUGUGUGUGUGAGUGUCUGCGUAAGGCUCUUUGGAGAGGAACUGGUGCUUGUUUAAUUUCCGGCUCUAAUGAGAGCAGGGAUAUGGACAACUGCUGCUACUGUGCCCUGCACUGAGCCUGGGUGUUUCCAUCCUGUCUUUCCCAGUGGCUGUUAAAAACGAGCUACCAGGAAACGACCACGAACUUCAGUUUUCCUUCCCACUGCCAUCUUGCUUUUGUAUCUGAGUUCUGCACACCCUUUGAAGUUUAACGGUAAAGCUUUCCAGUCUUCGGGUGGUUUGCUGGUCUCUAGUUUUUAGAGAACUCUUCUCACUAUUUUCUAAGAAGAAAGAAGGACAGGUACAUUUUUUAACCAAAAUGAUACAUUUCAUAAAACCCUGAUGAAUUGUGGAUAUGUGAGAGGGCUUAAACAUUCCUAAAUAUGAAUCUGUGAAUUUGGUAAAUUAACCCCAUGCAUAUACUCCUUCAGUGCAGGGAAUUUUCUUUCUUUUUUUUUUUUUUGCAACAGCCUUGCUCAUGUUCCAGGUGUAGGUAGCGAACCCGUUUUAAAGCAGGAGCCUUAUUUGAUUUAGUGUAGAUGUUUCCUGUCAAUCCUUUGUGACAGGGCCUUUUACAUGAGUGGUUUUUCCUUUUUGUAUGUGUUACGUGUUUGUUGUAUUAAAUAAAGAGGAAUGUACAUAUUA